UCCCGCCUGCUCCCGGCGCAAUGUUCGCGCUGUCUUCCGUCUGGCGUGUUGUCCGCCCGGCGUCCCGCUGCCCCUUCAUCCGGUCCACUGCAACACCGCAGGGACAUGUCUGCCUUAGCUGGCGUCGCGGACGUGGAAAUCGACCCCGAUGGGGUGUUCAAAUACAUCCUGGUGCGGCUGAGCCGCAGAGAUGGCUCGGAGCACAAGGACAUCGUGCGGGGCACCAAGAGCGCCGAGUUUCACAAUCACAUCUUUGAAAAGUUAAGUUCUGAAGUGGAGAAGCUGGAACUGGAGUGCAAAUGUCUAGGAGGAGGAAAGAUUCAACACAACCCCAACGAGAAGAAAAUCCGAGUGUUUGGCCUCUCCACGGGUUUUGGGAAAGCAGAUCACUCUGUUUCUGUGGAAAAGUUGAAGACUGUGUACAAGGACUAUGAAAUUACUUGGUCAGAUGAUACCAAAUAAAAAAGAAGAAUCUCUUGGAUUAUUCUCCAUCAAGAUUAAUGUAAAACUUUGUUCAAGUAGCUUCUGUUUCUUGACGAGUUCAGUUUAUUUAUAGAAUUUGUUUGAGCUGUGAUGGUGCUAAGAUACUUGUACACAUUGGCAUUCAGCAGAAAGAAUAUAAUACACUUUAAGUUUCUUUACCUCAAA